AUGUGGCUGCCAAUGACAGAGCUGGCGCACAAGCUGAGCCGCAGCUUCGACAUGAAGGAGGAGCAGCAGAUGCUGGAGGGCGAGGCGGCCGCCGUGCGCAGACACCAGUCCAUGCAGCGCCUCUCCAGGGCCGACCUGCUCGACGCCAGACACCACGAAGACGUGGGCGCGCUGGUGGUGCCCGACCAGCAGGGGAACCUGCGCAUCACCGUCAAGAAGACCAAGCCCACGCUCGGCAUCGCCAUCGAGGGAGGCGCCAACACCAAGCACCCGCUGCCGCGCAUCAUCAACAUACACGAAAAUGGUGCUGCUUUCGAAGCAGGUGGUCUUGAAGUGGGACAGCUGAUCCUUGAGGUGGAUGGUCAGAAGGUGGAAGGUAUGCAACACCAGGAUGUUGCAAGACUGAUAGCAGAAUCUUUUGCCCGAAGGGAGCGGAGUGACAUCGAGUUCCUUGUGGUUGAGGCAAAAAAAUCGAACCUAGAGCCAAAGCCGACAGCACUGAUCUUCCUGGAGGCCUAGCAGUUGCUCUCCCUCCCUUGAGCCUGAGCUGCAACAAACCUCCUAGUCCUUGUGUCUGCCCUCCAGCACUGCUGAACUUAUCUUGCCAGGAAUUUGCUUGGCCCAUGCACUCUGACAUUGUAAAUAUUGUGUGUCAUGGGACAUACCCACUCUGCUGCUGUUUCCUAUCAGAGAGAAUGCAAACUGCUUUAUGUGUCACCUUUACGAAUGUAAAAUAAUCAAGA